ACCUCAGUGCACUUGGAUGUGGACAGCUGGGACAGCUUGGCUGAACAGGAAUUUUAUUUACCAAGUGAUACCGAAAAUGUAAAGAAUGGUUGUGUUAGUGACGAUACCUGCAAGAUGAGGCCUUGUCAAAAUGGAGGAGAAUGCACCACCACAUUCAAUGAUUUUACAUGUUCUUGUCUGGAGGACUUCAUUGGGAAGAUCUGUGAAACACGUGUCUGGUGUGUUAGUGAUCCUUGUCUCAAUGGCGGUCAUUGUAUGGACCUUCCUGAUGGAUAUGAAUGUGUGUACAAUGCCACAUUUGAGAACAACCCUGUGCAGUACAGUGCUGGAGGAUCCUUGGCUGAACCUGUCUCUAACAUAUACAUAGAGCUGCGGACUCGAUCAGAAAAUGCUGUGCUCCUGAGAGCCUCCUGGGGGUCAGACCUUCUAAUGGUGGGUCUGCUGGACUCUUCAGUCCAGGUAGAAAUCCAUACAGGCAACAGCAUUGAGACGUUGAUCUUCAAAGGAGUUCGUCGAGUGGCUGAUGGGAGCUGGCACCGAGUGAACAUCUCUAGGGCUGAGAAGAUUCACAAAUCCUCUCCCUGGGUCAUCACUGUGGAUGGAAUCACAGAUGCCAGUAGUGAGCCAGACCGCACAGGUAGCGUUCACUUUCUGAAUGAGAAGGGUGCCGUGCUGGCCAUCGCAGAGAGUUUCACAGGCUGCUUGGGUGCAGUGAGGCUUGGACAAGUUCAUCUUCCUUUUGUGGAUGACUAUAAAUCUCCACAAUUAUCUCAAUUCCAUAUAGUUGGAAAACCAAAGAUUCAUUUGGGCUGUACCAGUGCCCCUGUGUGUGACUCAGAUCCUUGUCUCAAUGGAGCCACAUGCGAAGACCUCUUUGAUAAAUAUGGCUGUGUGUGCGACUCUGGUUGGGAGGGCGAACAGUGUGAGGUAGACACUGAUGACUGUGCGUCUCAGCCCUGUGUUUACGGAACCUGUAAGGACUAUUUAGCUGGUUUUGAGUGCCGUUGUCACCCUGGAUAUGCAGGCACGCUAUGUGAUGAGGAUCUUGAUGAGUGCGAGCAACAUGCUUGUGAACACGGAGGUACCUGUGAGGAUGGACCCAACAUGUACACCUGCGUAUGUCCAAAGGAAUACAGUGGCCCUCACUGUCAGUGGGAGUAUCCUCCAAUACAAUGUGGUCAAGAUGUCCAUUGUGCAAAUGAUGGUGUCUGCAAGGAUGGACUUUGGGGAGCUAACUGUACAUGCAUGCCAGGUUUUACAGGCAGCAGGUGUGAAAUGGAGAUCAAUGAGUGUGAGUCCAACCCCUGUCGGAAUGGUGGUUCCUGUUUGGAUCGAUUCAACAUGUUUGUGUGUGAAUGUCCACCAGGGUACAGCGGACCAAUCUGUGACACUAAUAAACAAGCCCAUAAACAGGGAAUCCCCUGGCUGGUGGUAGCCAUCCCACUGCUCUGCUUCUGUGUGCUGAUACUGAUCAUAGCUAUGACUGUCAUGGUGCUCAUGGCGAAGAAGAAGCGGCAGUCAGAGGGUGCAUACAGCCCCAGUUCUCAGGAGCUGGCUGGAGCUCGGCUGGAGAUGGACAGCAUGCUCAAAGUUCCACCAGAGGAAAGACUCAUCUGACACCAGCACUGAUAAAUGAGGGUAAUUGGUGUUGAUCUGUGUACUGCGGGCAGGUGCACAGGACUCACUGUAAAAAAAAUUUAAAUCCUAUAUGUGGGCUGAUCUGAAGGAUGAGACACAGUUUCCUGUUGGAGACCAACUGCUGACCCCAUGUUGCUGCUCUAUGUCUCUUCAUUUCACAGCUGUGUGCAAACCACAUUGUUCCCUCAGAUUUCUUUGAUAGUCUGAAGGAACAGCGACAAGUCUAUUGCACUUCAAAAACACAUACUAAGACUUCAUACUAUAUAAAUUCUUUCUAUCAGAAGCUCAGGGUGAGAGAACAAGUACAUUUAAUCCAUUGUAGCUUGUAAAGCCUUAACCUGUUUUUUUUUUUUUUUGAAUAGUGCCAGCUAUUGUGAAACGGCUUUAUGGCAAGAAUCACUGCACGAUAAACUGUGGAAAAUUAGUCAGACUUUUUAUGUAAUAUCCAUGCUGCUGCUGGAAGCUGGGUUGUAUUCAUGUAAAACCUAUAUUAUUACUUCUGUAGCCUUUGCAGGUUUGAAUUAUCUCUUAUAUUGUUCAGUCCUCAGUCGAACUAUUAACAAACUGUUUACAAGACAAUAAGACAAGUCAUAGUUGGCAUUUUUAAUGUGAAAUGUUUCUCUUGCUGUUAGCAGGGGGGAGUAGUAGUGAUUUGUACAGAGCAUUUUUUUUUCUUUUUUUUCACGUGGAGACAUGACAUGUGCCAAGUUUGGUAUGAGUUAUGUUUCUAACUUUUUGUGUGUGGAAAGGGUAACAAUUGCAGCUGACCAAUUUUGUUGUUUUACAAUCACACCCCCUAUUGGCCAAACUGCAUGAAUUUCAGCAUUCUUAUUUAUGCACUCAAGUUUGUAAAGUUGAGCCCAACUUGGUUCCACUUGGAAUAAUUAUUUGAGAUACACAGCAGUUUCAAUUGAUGUGACCACAUACACAAAAAUUUGUUUGCCAGUCAGCAAAAGUGACACAAAAUAUCUUAAAUCAAAUAUAUGGACAUCGUUUAGGGCUGUCCAAACAUGAUGUGUACCAAGUUUGGUGGAGGUUGGAUGUACUGUCAAAAUCAUGUCUGAAAAGAAGGAGAAUUUAAAGGGAUAUCAACAAGCGA